CUUAGACUUUGUAUCAUGCAUGAUUGCAAUAUUUAUUUGAAUGCAUGCAGGGUAUGAUACAGCUGAUUGAGGAUGCAACUGGUCCAGUGUUAGAAGCAUGGGAAUGCAUGAUCGACGAUUCAGGAGGAUGUAGGGAAAUAGUUGUUGAUGAUUACUUGCGGAACUUGUCAGCAGAUGUAAUUGCCAGGGCCUGCUUUGGAAGUAGCUUCACAAAAGGAGAAGAGAUAUUUUGCAAGCUUAGGCAGCUCCAAAAAGCAAUUGCUCAACAAGAUGCGUUUGUUGGCUUGUCUGCACUGUGGAAAUACCUGCCAACGAAGAGCAACCAAGAAAUACGGACGCUGGAUGAACAAGUCCGGUUACUGAUCCUGGAAGUCGCAAAGGAACACCGCCAUCACCAAGAUCCACACAACGGCCUUCUGAGCGCUAUCAUCGAUGGCGCGCAGGAUGGUCGCAGCGCUGCAGAGGCCGAGGACUUCAUCGUCGGAAACUGCAAGACCAUCUACUUCGGGGGGCACGAGAGCACGGCGGUCACCGCCAUCUGGUGCCUGAUGCUACUCGCCACGCACCCUGAAUGGCAGGAACGCGCCCGGGCUGAGGCAAUGGAGGUUUGCCGGGGAAGAACACCCUUGGACGGCGACGCCCUUUGCCGGCUAAAGAUCGUGACGAUGGUGAUCCAGGAGACGCUCCGGCUGUACCCUCCGGCGUCAAUGAUGAUGCGUGAGGCCCUGACAGACGACGUGAGGCUCGGCGAUGUCGACGUGCCUCGCAGCACCAUCGUUCAGGUGCCCAGGCUGAUGUUGCACCUGGACAAGGACGCCUGGGGCGCCGACGCCGACGAGUUUCGGCCGGAGCGGUUCGCGAACGGCGUGGCGGCGGCGGCGUGCAGAGCGGCGCACAUGUACGUGCCGUUCGGGCACGGGCCGAGGACAUGCAUCGGGCAGAACCUGGCGAUGGUGGAGCUGAAGGUGGUGCUGGCCAGGCUGCUGAGCAAGUUCGCCUUCUCGCCGUCGCCGACGUACCGCCACUCGCCGGCGUUCAGGCUGACCAUUGAGCCCGGGUUCGGCCUGCCGCUCAUGGUGGCGAGGCUGCCAUGAGCGAGUGCUUCGUUACUUGUUUAUACAGCUGGGCCUGGGCGGUCGAUUCAUCUCAGCUCUCAGCACACAGACAGCAAGACUUGAUUUCAGCACUUAUAAGUGCGUUGAUUCUAACCAAAGGAAAUGUACUACCCCUCUAUUUAUAUGAUUUUAUAGAUUCAUUGCAGAAACAACUAUAUGUUUUAUA